CCCGUGCACCCCGCGGCCACCCAUUUUGUCCUGUUCAGUCCAUCUCACAAAGGUGAUAUCAUAUACGUCUCUACAAAUUCAUAGCAAAACGCGAUCUUUGAGAGAGCAUUCCAUCCUCCAAGACAUUUCACGAUCCUCGAAUUCUAUCUUUGUCGGUAGUUCACGGCCUGCCACAUCGUCAGACCAUUGCAAUCCAUUCUUCUCUCUCACUUCUGACUUAAACACCACAACAAGGUCGUCAAGAUGGCACACAAAUCGUCUGCAGUGGCUGAUGAGCCCAUUGACGUUCUCUUCGCCCUGCAUCCCAAGUUUAACCUCAUGGACUUUGCUGGCCCUCUCGAGGUCCUUACCACCGCCCUGCACGAGGCCAAUGAUCCUUCCUCCAGAGCCUUCGAAGUCACCGUCGCCGCCGGCGAGUCCACCGUUCUCUCAGACCAGGGAGUCGCCAUCCAGUCCCAGAUCACCUGGAAGGAGGCCCACGAGCGCCUAUCAGAAUUCGACGUUCUCGUUGUCGUUGGCGGCAACGUUAAUGACGCCAUCCUGAAGGCCAAGGCCGAGCCCAUGCCCCUCAUUACUGCCUACUCUGAGAUCCAGAAGGCCGAUCCCACUCGCGAGCGUACCCUGCUUUCUAUCUGCACCGGUUCCAUCUUCUUGGCCGAACUUGGUAUCCUGUCUGGUCUUUCUGCGACCACCCACCCUGACUAUAUGACCCAGUUCGAGAAUCUCUGCAGCCACUCGGCAGUCCGUGAUCUUACCGAGCGUACCGAUGUCAUUGAAGAUGCCCGAUACGUGGUGAACAACUUGCGCUUCGACAUUGGAGACGAGGAUGAGAAUCCCUACGUGCGACGCAAAUCUGACGCUGGCCGCCGUCCUUCCAAUGCCCGAAAGGGAUCUAUGUCCUUCAAGGGUGCGACACGUCGCGAAUCUAUUGCCCGCCGCGCAGCGAUGCGCCUAGGUGGACUGCGUGUUAUUACGAGUGGGGGAGUGACCGCUGGCCUGGAUGCAGCUCUGUAUCUGGUCAGCGUUAUGGUUUCUGAGGAAUCUGCUAAUGAAGUUGCCCGUGUCAUGCAAUGGACUUGGACCAAGGGCGUUGUUGUUGAUGGUCUUGAUGUUUAAAGCGAGGCGCCGGUGGUUACACAAGAUGGUCUCGGUUAUGGAAGGGAAAUCGCUUCACAUGGAACUGUUUUUCAUCGAAGGAUCAAAAGGCAUACGAUGACAGCAAUGAUUGAAAUGAAACAAAAACUGAUAAUCGAUCUCUUCUGACGA